UGAGUUGAGAUUGUUUGAUAGUGGUGAAGAACGCUCAUCAGCCCUAGCUGACUAUAUUCUACAAAUCUCUGAAAUUUCGGUGAUGGCGAGAGGUUCUUUCUCUCUUGUUCUCUCCGGCGACAUACCAAAACGCUUGAGGAAACUUACAACUCCUGCAUACAUGAAAAUGUUGGAGCACAACUGGUCGAAAUGGCAUGUGUUUUGGGCAGAGGAGAAUGUGGUUGCUAAUAACAGACACCCAGAUAGCCUCUAUAGGCAAGCCAAUGAAGCUUUCAUUUCCAAGGUUCCAGUACUCCCAGAGCAUGUUGUUCGGGUGCUCCAAGGCACACCCGGUGAGGAAGCAGCCAAUAGAUACGAGUUCUCCAUCAGACAACAAGUUAGAAAUCGAACGGUUGCGGCCUCUCCAUCAAACGACUGUCCACGAUUCGACCUCAUCAUCUUAACUCCAGAGUCGGCCGGCCACCUGAAUCAUCCAAUGCUAGAGGAGGAGGAGUCAUCCUCCCAAUGGGUUGCAUACGUGAAAUCGCCUAACGAGAGAGUGGUUCUGACAAUCCCAGUAAUAAAUUCAGCCGCGAAUGUGGUUAUAGUGGCCGAUUAUUCCUCUUUGCAGGCCAUGAGAGGGAGAAAUCCUCCUGCCCAGAUGGUGAAACCAAAAGAUGGGAAGCUUGUAUGGUUUGUGGAUAAAGGUGUUGAUUCUUUGUGAUAUUGUGUUUGAAAUCAUCAAG